AUGACGAACCGCUCAGGGAUUCCCCUCAAGCUCGAACAUGAAGAUCUUAUUAGAAGUAAGAUGUCUAUCUACGCAGGUGCCUCCUCAGUCAUGAAAGAUCUUACUCGAGUACUCUCAACCUUCAACAUUCCUUCUUCCAAGAGGGAAGGUCGCCGAGAUGCAUCAAGAAAGGCUGCAGGAGCUGCCGCAGGAGGAAAAGCCGGAGGAACAGCCGGAGGAAAAGCCGAUGAGUGCGCUCGACAGGGACCAGCAGAAGGGUCUGGUAUCGUUUCAGCCCCGCUAUGGGAUUCCCAUACCUCAACCUUUGCUGGACUUCUUACGACUUCGGACUAUAUAAAUGUUAUCCAAUAUUACUGGCAGAAUCCAGAAGCCCUCAAUCAAAUAGAUCAAUUCAAAUUGAAUAUCGAAAAGGCAAUUGGCGUACUACCUUUGGAGACGGUAUCGGUACAUCCUGCGCGACCUCUUUACGAUGCUUGUCGCGAGAUGUUGCAAACCCGGGCCCGCCGUAUCCCGCUGGUUGAUGUUGAUGACGAGACGGGAAAAGAGAUGGUGGUCAGUGUGAUUACACAAUAUCGUAUCCUGAAGUUUAUUAGUGUCAAUGUCGAAGAGACGGAAUUCUUGAAGAAAAGUGUAUCGGACAUCAAACUUGGAACUUAUGGGGACCUACAAACCGCAAAUAUGGACACUCCGGUGAUCGACGUCAUACAUAUGAUGGUCAAACACAGCAUUUCGAGCGUUCCCAUUGUUGACAAAGAUUCGCGAGUACUUAAUCUUUUCGAGGCUGUCGAUGUAAUCACGAUUAUUAAGGGUGGUGUAUACGAUGGUCUGACUUUGACUGUGGGAGAAGCUUUGGCCAAUAGGGCAGAAGACUUUGCCGGGAUUUAUACUUGCAGUGAAGAAGACAGGUUGGAUUCGAUCUUUGACACGAUUCGAAAAUCUAGAGUGCAUCGAUUGGUGGUUAUAGAUGAAGAGCAGCAUUUGAAGGGAGUGAUCUCUUUGUCGGAUAUUUUGCAUGGAUCUAUCAUUCCGGAAUGA